UCUUCAAAAUUAUUAAUCGAUCAUAUUAAUGAAACUGGCACGUUACAAGUUUUCUCACAAACUGAUGAUAUUCUUCAAGACAUAUGUGCUAAGACAAAAGUCAUCUUAAAUGGUAAUUGGAUUGGGGUAACACGUUCUCCUGAUGAUAUUUAUUUUCGCGGAUGGUUAAUUAAGCCUGGAAGUUUAAAACGAAAAUCUUAUUAUUUAGGUUACAUGAUACACAGGCUUUUACUCUGCGCUGUUGGAAGUAGACAAUUAGAUGAUCGAGACCAUUUAGGGAAAAAAAGGCUAGAUACGGCUGGUACUCUUUUACGUAAUUUAUUUUCAACUGUCUAUAAAAAAAUGAUUAGAGAGAUGACCGAACACAUUAAAAAGGUCUUGGCAAAUAAACGUGAAUUUAACAUAACUAUGGCAAUUAAACCACAAACGAUUACCAAUGGUUUAAGAUAUUCGAUGGGGACCGGCAAUUGGGGUGACCAAAAAAAAUCGAUGCAGUCUAAGUCUGGGGUUUCUCAAGUAUUAAAUCGAUAUUCUUACUCAUCGACCUUGUCCCAUCUCAGAAGAUGCAAUGCUCCAAUUGAUCGCGAUGGCAAA